AUGAACAGCCAGGGUCAAUGCCACGCCGAUGAGGCCCAGGUCGCCACCAACAACGAGAUGUACGGCCGGUGCCCGCACCCGCACCUCGCGCGGUACGUGAAGCUCUGCUGCCGGCUGGGCAAGCUCAAGAAGCCGUUGACCAGCUGUCACUGGGUCGGCUACGACCGCUGCGAUGACAACAUGUGCCAUCCGGACGAGGUCACCGCGGCGCGGAGCGAGGUCGGCUACGGCUAUGGUUGCCAGUACCGUGGGGAUUUUGAGAAGGAAGGGAAAGCUGACGAGUGA